UCCCACGCUGGCCCAUCCCAGCCAACCUCAUCAGAACGUCCGCCUAAUCACCAAUUGCUGGCAUGUCCGCAAGUUCGAUUUUCAGCGCGCCCGAGAUAGGAUGUCUUACUGCAACCAAGCCGCAGGAGACCAGGUUCACCGGCAGCAGCAGUGGCGUUUUCUUUGUCAACACUGUGAAGCAAGCAUUCGCUUCUCUCGCCCACGGUUCGCCACAGGCUCAGAAUCUCCCUCCUAGCGAGGAGACGCUCGUCAGCAUCGAUGACAAUAAUGGUCGAACCACUUAUCGAGCAGAUGGCCAUGGCCAGUAUCAUUCCUCGGGCGUGUCAGGGCUCGGCAUCUUGCCGCCACGAGACGUCGCGCAAAACCUAACUACGGAGUACUUCAGAGAUUGGCAUCCAUUAUUCCCCUUCCUCUCUGGACCAGACUUUCUUUCAGACCUCGGGGCAGUCUAUGACGACCAAGAACGAGAUCCAGCCAAAAUGUCAGGUCCACAGCUAUCCCGCUUCGUCAUUGUACAAGGCGUUAUCAACAUCGCUGGGUCACAGUCACCCGGCGUCCUACCAGUUGCUUGCCAAUUCUCCGACCCUACGUCGUUGCUACAAGCAUUGGCUCCCCUCGCGUUUCGCUACCAGACGAGUUCCAUCCAAGCGUACUUAGUGGUGCAACUUUAUCUCACUUUGAACAUGUCAUUGAGGCAUGCUGCAUCCAUAGGCGGAUUUUUGUGGCGGUCUUUAGCCCAAUGCGGUCUCCACAGAUGUCCGUUUCGAUAUGGACAACUCGAGCCUCAAGACCAGAUUAUGCGCCAGCGUAUCUUCUGGAGCGCUUACGUACUAGAUCGCUACCUUAGUCAAGCAAUUGGAAUUCCUCUUGGUAUUUCUGAUUCGGAUGUUGAUGUGUGUAUCCCUACAAGGAUAGAGUUGCAUGGUUCGGCUGGAACAUCUCAACAUCACUUAAAUGGCGGUUCUAGCCAUGACCCUAAUGUCUCAUCUACCGACGCAAAUACAGCAGAGGAUGGAAUAUUUGUCGCUAAGGAGCAGACUAAAGACCAGUUACCGUUCCAGAAGGAAGAGAUCCUUGCGAACUUUGUUGAAUAUGGCCGACUGCUUGGCCGCAUCGUUGAAACAUUUCACAAGUCAAUACACGUCCGAGGCUGGGACAACCAAUCCGUCCUCGUCCUUCGUUCUGAUGUGGAUCGUUGGUUUAAUAACCUGCCAGAUGCUUUGCAAACUUCCAGAAUGCAUAGCAACCCAAUGGCACCCGGUCUCGUAGCUAUUAAGGCUCGUUUCGGCCCAUUCUUUUUGAUUCUUUAUCAACAACUAAUUAUCUUACUCAAUCGACCAAGUCUUUCUGUUAGAGACCACAGCGGCGAAUUCCAGACCGCUUUACAAUCUUCUAUAUCAGCUGCCUGCCUCACAAUAUCUGCAGUCCAGACUGAAGAUCGACUUCUAUGGUCUGGAUAUCUAUCUUCGGUGUGGAUGUCUGCUCUAAUCAUUACCUUCGCUUGCCAGCUAGGAUUAUACAACCGUAACAAGAGCAUUCGUGGAAUUCAGACAUGCUUGACCAUCCUGCAAGGGAUGGCUCCACGUUGGCCUACAGCUCAACACUGCUCUGAAACCUUAACAGCCCUGCUCAAGGGUUUAAUUACCUCGAAAUCCGGAAAUUCCAUGCAUCCGCCAGGAAUGAGCAAUUAUAUGCCCUCUCGAAUUAUUUCAACGCAAGACACGCCAGCAUUUAAAAGAACAAGGCUUGCUAUGCAAGAUGAGGGUUCUGACAGACUCACAAACUCUCUGGAGACACAAAACAACGUGGCCGACAAUAAUAUAUCGUACCUAAGCAGACAAGCCACGGGUUCGGAGAGCGUGCGGCACGUCAACCGCUUUGCUGGACCGAACGGAAGACACCAGAAUGAACUUAUGUAUGAUUCGCAGCUUAUGAAUGCAUUUAAUGGAGUUUCUCGAGGCACACUUCCACAUGAUCACGGAAUUGUUCAAAAUGGCCAGGAAUAUGAUAUUUUUAGCAGUAUUAGCUGGGAAGCACUGUACGAACAAGAUAUCGAUCAGAUUUAGUACUAUUAAAUAAACAAUCUAAUUUAUCAAAGGUUUAAUUCAUCUUAUUUCCAUG